CUCGUAUUGUGAAACAUCUGCAGAAAGUGUUGAGUUUCACUAACUGUAGCUUAAGAUAGUGAAGGCACGUGGAAUUGAUAGAAAUGUUAUUGAGCAAGAGCAAUAAAUCUAGUAGAAGAUAAAUUUGUGUCAGAUUAUGAGGAGUAUCAGGGGAGUGGAUUUGUUAUCAGCAGCUUUACAUGAUCUGGUCAAAGUGCAUGUUGGGCAUUUACGCAAACUGUGAAUCUGCAUCCACUCAAAUUAACUUGGGAAUAAACUCUAAGGGAUGACUAAAGAAAAAACUCAGUGGAAGGAGUUUCUAGAGGCAGUAAGUACUCUGCAAUGGGUAUUAAGCAUUCUCCUCUUAGGAGUGUCCUGUAUGAUCUUGAUGGUGUACCUUAUGUUUACCUCACUGUGGCCACUCUCCACUCUGUGCUUCAUAUGGCUGGUGAUAGACUGGCAAACCCCUGAAAGAGGGGGCAGGAAAACAACAUUUGUGAGGAACUGGAGGGCAUGGGUCCACUUCAGAGAUUUUUUUCCAAUCAAAUUGGUAAAGACAGCAGAGCUGAAUCCAAACAAAAACUACAUCUUAGGUUGUCAUCCGCAUGGCAUCCUGAGUGCCGGAGCCUUUGCCUGCUUCGGCACGGAGAGCUGUGGCUUCGCUGAGGCGUUUCCUGGGAUGCGAGUCACCCUGGUGACACUGGUAGGACUUUUCAGGAUACCACUCUUGAGGGAGUACUUAAUGUUUACAGGUAUUCUUCCGGUCAGCAAACCAAGCCUUGUCCACCUCCUUUCAAAAAGGGGCAAGGGAAAUGCUGUGGUGAUAGUGAUCGGGGGCGCUGCUGAGUCUCUGGCGUCCUCUCCUGGAGUCAACACUGUGUUGAUGAAGCAGAGAAAGGGAUUUGUCAGGAUGGCCCUGGAGUUUGGGGCUGACCUGGUGCCUGUUUACUCAUUUGGGGAGAAUGAGCUCUUUCAGCAGGUGAUUCUCUCAGAAGGCAGUCUGGGUCAGAGGUUACAGGUCCUGUUUAAAAAGAUUAUGGGUUUCGCCCCGUGUCUAUUUGUUGGUGAGCACAUAGUGUUCCUGCCCUACAGGACCCCAAUCACAACUGUUGUGGGAAGUCCAAUCUCAGUGCCAAAGAAUAGCACACCUACUGAGGAGGAGGUCGACCACUAUCAUAGACUUUACAUGGAGGGCAUGUUCAAAUUAUUCCAUGAACACAAGGUCAGCUGUGGACUUCCUGAAAAUCACAAGCUUCGGAUCAUUUAGGACAUUUCCCUUUAAAAGUGUAAUGUGUAGCUGCUUUUCACCGUAAAAGUGAGUGUGGCUCUGAUGUGAUGAACUUGAUCUUAAACAGACUCACCCUGCAGCUUUCUUUGUUCAUACUGUAAGUUCUGACUGUAUCUGAACAUAUUUACCAAGAAUAUGAGCCUUAACUAAUCUAAUGCCUAUUAUGUGCGAAUUAAUGUAUUAAUUUCUAAUAGGAUAACACAAUAGCCAAAAAAGUGUGAUCACAAGGCAAGAUGUUUGAAAUAAUAAAAAUGUUCUUGUGUCAAAAUGUGUUUGCAUGCUUGCUAAAAGUAUUCCUGCUGGUGCAUUUUCAUGAAUUGUGUAA